UUUUACAACUAUUUUUAUCAUGAUUAUUUCAAUGAUUACAUUAAUUAUAGGGCACGGUUUAUGAUUGUGAAUGCCUUCUUCGGGGAACUGAGCACAGAAGUUAGCUUUGAGAGACCACGCUACGAUUUUAACGACUUUGGAUCUGAUAUUGGUGGCAAUCUAGGUCUGUUUCUAGGCUGUAGCGUCCUGACGGUAAUGGAGUUCAUAGACUUUCUUAUUGUGUACUGUCGUCAGAAAAAGAGGGAACAUAAUCGAACCAAUCAGAAUUCAGACCGUGAUGUAGAGGGUUGUUAAUCUGGUAGUAGCUGCAUAAAUGUCUUCUCCAACUGUCAGUCAUUGCCCAACUGUGUUGUCUUUACGUUCAAUCUGAAUACUCCAGUUUCGAUAUUAUAGCGAAAAACCGCUGCUUUGUUUGACAACAGAUCCUCUUGCGCAAAGACCUGACCAAACACAAAAGAGAGCACGAGAAAAUGUUGUUAUUACAAUGGCCUUGAAAAACUUGCAUUUUCCCCGAGUUAUAAAGACUAACCCUGUAUUCCCAUAAGACCUAAGGUAUGAGCUAGCCUCAUCUUGGGGGAAUUGUAUUUGUUAGCGCUAUUGUACUAACAACAUUUUCUCGUGCUUUCUUUUGUGUUUGGUAAGGCUGCGUAAACAAUCUGCUGUCAAAUAAAACAGAGGUUAUUCGCUUUGAAUUCGAAAAUGGAAUACUUGAGCUUAUUAUGCAGUUUUUCACUUUGGACGUGUUGGAGUAUUUUUUUCAAACUCAAUUAUAGCUUUUUAUCCAUGACAAACAAACGGAACAUCUAUUGAUGAGUCUCGUCAUCAAUGAUUUCUGCUUGUUUUUUUGUCAAACGGUCUCGGUGAACGGCGAUUGUCCAAGGGAGAAUGCACCACCCGAAAGGGACUAUGGUUAUCCUGUUUUAACAAACAAAUUUUCAGUUAAUGGAUUCGCCUUUCAUAGAAAUGGAGACUAAAUGGAGCCAAUGUUCAGCUAGUACUGACAGUAUAAAUCAGUUGUCAUUGCCUUUCAACUAGCAAAACCAUGGUUUCUUUCGGUCGUGCAAUCGCCAUUCGACAAUUGACAUUUAUCCAAUGACAUUUUUUGAAAUAGUUGUAUAUCUUAAAAUUUCAUGAUCCAUUCUGUACAAAAAUAAAAAAAGUUAACGUGCUGGUAUCAUUUAUACAUAGGAUCAAUUUUUUUUGUUCCUAUUCUUUGUGUACUUAGUGAAGAAUUGGGUUCUAUUGAAAUGGACUAUACUUUAUAUUUCCUUUAUUAAGAUAUUGAGUAUUUAUGUGUCAAUCUUCAAGUAGCUUCAGGUUUUCAACUACACAAUGAGUCAUACAAUCAAAAAUUUUGCAGCAUAUAUUGUCUUAAAAGAUACGUGAUUCUAGCUGUUCGGGGAGCAGAAGGCAAAAGGAAAGCGGCUUUUACUAAAACAACUAUUUGUACUUCUCUUUUCAACAAACAAGAUGUUUCUGUUAAUAAAAGACAAACGUACAUUUAUACAUGGAUGUUAAUUUUAAAACAAGAGUAUUGAUAUGGAAAAAGCCACGAAAAAAAUCAAGCACACAGCAGCGUAUUUAUUUUAUUAUAACCUAAAGCAAUGAAAGAUAGUACGUCAUGGCAUUGCUGGCAGGUGGCGCAAAAGGCACGACACACUUAGUCUAAUAAAAUUAUAUAUUUAUUGCAAACUGACUCGUGUUGGCUACUUGAAGGUCUUAAGACUGGUGGAGAGGCAAACUGAAAAAUAGUGAAAAAAAAAAACUCAUUGAAAAGCAAUGGGCUUUUUACACUAAAUUUGACUGGAAUCCAAAAAGAUUGUCUGUUAAGAAGAGACUGUAUGGGAGCCAAGCAAAAUUGUGCACUAGUAGACUCCAAGUUACACGCAGUUCCAAAGCUGACUUUAUAUCGCACGAGGGCUAACAAUUAUGUCCAAUAGUUCAACGAAAUCGUCGCAGCUAGUUGAAGAUUUUGCUGAUUACAGUACUCUCCAUGGGUUUCACUUUGUACUUAAAAGAAUUUACGGUCCAAUUCGACGUGUGAUAUGGCUGUGUUUGAUUCUUGCUGGUGUCAUCGCUCUUAUAAUCCAGAUAAUUUCAAGUUUUAAGAAGCUUCAUGCACAUAUACAUGUUUUGGACAGAAUCGUUGUUCCGUCAGAAAAACUGACUUUUCCAGCAUUUACAUUGUGUAAUAUUAACAUGAUGAAAAGAUCCAAGAUUAAGGGAACAGAUGCACAACUCUACUUGGACAAACUUGAUCCUUUMAAAGCCGAUAAAGUUAAACAUAAAACCUUGAACAGUUCAUUCAACAUCAAAGAAGCAGUCCUCAAGUAUGGGCACACGGCUAAAGAUAUGAUUAAAGUUUGUACUUGGAAGGGGAAGCCUUGCAGUUACAAAAAUUUUAGUACAACAUUCUUGUCACACAAUUUUGGCCUGUGUCACACAUUCAACUUAGGAGUCAACGGGGAACAACUGGUUUCUUCAACAUCAAACCAAGAAGAUCUUGGUCUUAACUUAUUGGUCGACAUUGAAAACCAGRAAUAUUAUGGCUACGAAAGCUACCGGUCAACUGGGAUUAAAGUAGUCGUCCAGCAUCAGACUGAAUAUCCAAGGGUGGAGAAUGUUGGAAAUGACGUAAUGCCAGGUUUCACAACUACAAUCAAAAUAAAACGCAAAAUGUUCCAUCGUCUACCACCACCUUUCAGGUCAGCCUGCGGGAGUAAAAAACUCGUCACGUCCAAUGUAUACACUCAAAGAAGAUGCAUGUUUGAAUGCUUUACGCGUGCUAUGAUUAAAUCAAAUGGCUGUAGACUUCUCGACAUGCCUAAUUUGCCAGAAUUUAAACACACAGAAUAUUGUAGGCCGGAUGAAUUGCAAAAAAACUCAACGUUAGUAGAUAUAUUGGGGCAAGUAAGAUCGAACAACUGUGGCUGUCCCAUCGCAUGCGAAGAAACAGCAUACAGCACUGUUCAGAGCUUAGCAUACUUUCCCUCCACGUCGUUCAUGGAGAUGUAUGCUAAUGACACUCAAACCCUAAACCUUGCUUUAUCGGAAAUUAGGGCACGGUUUAUGAUGGUAACUGCCUACCUGGAUGAUCUGAUGACAGACGUCAGCAUCGAAAAACCGUUCUACGAUAUCAGCGAUUUUGGAUCUGAUGUUGGUGGCAAUCUUGGUUUGUUUCUUGGAUGCAGUUUGCUGACACUCGUGGAGUUCCUUGACCUUUUUAUUGUAUAUUGUUGUAAAAAAUGGAGAACAAGGAAUAGAAUCAAGCAACCUUCAGAUAGAAAUGUAGAAGCUGCAGAUAAUUUCCAACUGCCGUCACCUUGAAAUAUCCUGUUUUCAAAACAUUAAUAUAACCACUCAUUAAUCCUGUCUAGAUCUAUAGGUACCUGUGCAAGAUUGCACAGUUAGGAAUAAUAUGUGGAUACAUCAAAAGAUUCCUCUGGCUGCCAAAUUGAACUAGGCCUAAAAAGCUUUUAAUGUUCCUUGUACCGUAGUACUUCUAUUGUAGACAACCUUACAUGUUGUGAUUAAUCUCAAGACGUAGUACUGUACUAUUAAAUAAUAUAGUUAAAAAAGAAUGUAUUUGCGAGAACUAUAAUCAAGACUUAUAAAGAGGCUCAAGAUGGAAGACACCCUAGCCCCUUUGCAAUAGAUUGUCAUCCUUUUCAGUGUUCCAGGCAUGCGGGAUAUUAUAUAUUCAUCUGGUUGCAAUGAACAACAUUCCAACACCCAUAAACAUUGGUCGAUGUGCCAAAUUUCAAGUAGUUUGUUUUUAACUAUGUAAUGAUUCCCUCAUAAGCAAUGUAAUAUCCUAAUUUAUCAUAUGAUUUACCUAUAUAUCCUAAUAUUAAAAGCUAGAUAUGCAGGAGAGUAAGAGCAAACUACGGAACGGUUUCUACAGCUAAAAAAUUCUUUUUCUAAGCUUUAAUAAAAUUUUCAUCUGUCUAGAAAACCUAUCGAACAGCACGAAGUUGGACUCAACAAAAGCCCCCCUAUCGAUCCCCUUGCAUGUUAAGUCAAAUGCAGCCUCAUCUGGACAAAUAAAUUUUCUUCUUCUUCUUGGUAACUAGUGUCCAGUGUAUGCCCGUUGGAGUAGCAUCCCAUGAGCUUCAUGGGGUCUAUAUAGAAAUAAGUUAACUUACUCCGUCAAAUUGUGUAAACCUUUCUUGCACUGUUUUGUUCAGUUUAGAAAAUGAUAUUCAUAAGAACAAUGGUAAUUGAAAAAAAUGUUUCACUUCAGUUGCAGAUUUAGAGCAAAUGUGCUUUGUCGGUGCUGCUGAUUUUGUAAAAAUUUCAUGGAAUAAAUGCGUUUAUACUCUAUUAAAUGCACAUGAAUGUACGUUGAUAAAAGGAGACUGAUAUAUGCGAAAAAAAAAACAACAAAAACAAAUGAAAUAUUAAACGCUCAACGCAUCCUGUAAUUUAAA